AUGGGUAAUAUCUGCUCCCGCUCCUCAAACAAUGACCCAGAUGCCUUUGCUGGCCCAGGCCACGUAGUUGGCACCUCCCCAAAUUCAAACCCUGCUCCGCGCGCCUCCGUCCCUACUAAAACAAACUGGAAGUCCACGCCCGGCCGGACCGUUGGUGAGAGUGCAGCAAGCGGAGUGCAGGGAGGUGCAGAUGAGGCGCGGUCCAAUGCAGCAAUUGCAGCACAGAAACGAGCGGACACCGCGUCCUCGGCGAACAAAGGAAAGCUAGGUGCCAAGUUGGCGGCUGAUAAGGCGAAGACGCAGAAUCAGACACUGAACGAAGCUAGUCAGGAUGAGCGAGCUGCACGGGACGCGGACAAGGCUGCCGAGGCCAGGCAAUGGUCGUAA